GGGGAGGGAGCGGGACGGAGGAGAGGGCCUCCUCCGCGCCAGGCGCAGCGCCCGGUCGGGCUCGGUCGGGCGACCGCGGCCAUGACGCAGGGUCCGGGCGGGCGCACGCCCCCCGCACCCCCUGCACCCCCCGAGCCCGAGGCGCCCACCACCUUCUGCGCGCUGCUGCCGCGCAUGCCGCAGUGGAAGUUCGCCGCUCCCGCGGGCUUCCUGGGCCGGAGCCCGGCUGCAGCGCGCACGGCCGGGGGCGCGGGGGCCGCCGACUCCCAGCCCGAGCCGGCCGCCCCGGCUGGCGUCCCAGCGCUGGCGGCGGCGGUCCUGGGCGCCUGCGAACCGCAUUGCGCCGCGCCUUGCCCGCUGCCCGCGCUCAGCCGCUGCCGGGCCGCCGGGGCCCGGGGCCCGCGGGGCGCGCGGGGGGUGGCCGGGCCCCCGGACGCAGCCGCCGACGAGUGGAUCCGCAAAGGCAGCUUCAUCCACAAGCCGGCGCACGGCUGGCUACACCCAGACGCCAGGGUCCUGGGGCCCGGGGUCUCCUACAUCGUGCGGUACAUGGGCUGCAUCGAAGUGCUGCGCUCCAUGCGCUCUCUGGAUUUUAACACCCGCACCCAGGUGACCAGGGAAGCCAUCAACCGGCUCCAUGAGGCGGUGCCUGGCAUCCGGGGCUCCUGGAAGAAGAAGGCCCCCAACAAAGCGCUGGCCUCCAUCCUGGGCAAGAGCAACCUGCGCUUCGCCGGCAUGAGCAUCGCCGUGAGCAUCUCAACUGACGGCCUCCACCUCUCGGUGCCCGCCACGCGCCAGAUCAUCGCCAACCACCACAUGCAGUCCAUCUCCUUCGCGUCGGGUGGCGACACGGACAUGACGGAUUACGUAGCCUAUGUAGCCAAGGAUCCCAUCAACCAGAGAGCCUGCCACAUCCUGGAGUGCUGCGAGGGCCUUGCCCAGAGCAUCAUCAGCACCGUGGGCCAAGCCUUCGAGCUGCGCUUCAAACAGUACCUGCACAGCCCCCCCCGGGUGGUUGUGGCCCCGGAAAGGCUGACCAGGCCAGAGGACGCGGCCUGGGGGGAUGAGGAGGAAUCGGAACACAAUUACUACAACAGCAUCCCAGGGAAGGAGCCGCCCCUGGGCGGGCUGGUGGACUCCAGGCUCACGCUAACUCAGCCCUGUGCCCUGGGGGCCCUCGGCCAGGGGGCAUCUCCUGCUCGAAGGGACACGUGCAGCCUGCCGUGGGACCCAGGCGCCUCCAGUGCUGGCCCGCCGGGGGACGGCUACGUGCAGGCCGACACCAGGGGCCCCAGAGACUACGAGGACCACCUGUACGUCAACACACAGGGCCUGGACGCCCCGGACGUUCUGCAGCCGGAGGACAGCCCCAAGAAGGAUCUGUUUGACAUGCGGCCCUUCGAGGAUGCUCUCAAGCUGCACGAGUGCUCUGUGGGGGCGGGCACGGCGGCGGCUCCCCUUCCCUUGGAGGACCAGUGGCCCAGCCCCCCCACCCGCCGGGCCCCCAUCGCCCCCACGGAGGAGCAGCUGCGGCAGGAGCCCUGGUACCACGGCCAGAUGAGCCGAAGGGCGGCGGAGAGGCUGCUUCGAGCCGACGGGGACUUCCUGGUGCGCGACAGUGUCACCAACCCGGGGCAGUACGUCCUCACCGGCAUGCACGCGGGGCAGCCCAAGCACCUGCUGCUCGUGGACCCUGAGGGCGUGGUGCGGACCAAGGACGUGCUCUUUGAGAGCAUCAGCCAUCUGAUCGACUACCACCUGCGGAGCGGGCAGCCCAUUGUGGCCGCGGAGAGUGAGCUGCACCUACGUGGUGUGGUCAGACGGGAGCCCUGAGCCAGGUGACGGUGCUCUGCUCCCGCUCCUGUCCCGCUCUGCAGACGCUCCCUGUCGAGGCCUUACGGGCUCCUCAGCUUGUCUCUGGAUCCUGGUCAGGCAGAGCCGCCGCUGUCUCUCCUUCCUCGGGUUGGGCCUCUGGAUUUUCCUUCUCUAGCCGGCCCUGGGCUGGGCCAGUGAGGCCAAGAGAUGGGGGGCCGAAGACCCCCUUCCCUACCGACCCCUGCCUGCCUCCACCCUCUGCCUGGGGUGAGGGUGUCCAUACCAAAGACAGAAACUUUUCUCAUCUCUGAAGAAAAUACAUCACAGAAACAGUGCUUUCUCUCCGAGCCCUGGCCAGGGUCCCCUCCGGGUCCAGGAAGCAGCAUCUCUUUCCCCAGAGGGACCUCAGCUCACCUCCCUGGAAAGAUGGGUUCCGUCCUUGACCGGCUCAGUUUCUCCACCUGAAAAAUCAGUGCACAGUUGUCUUUUAUGGGGAAGAAUUGAGGGGCUUCGGGUCCUCAGGCCGGGACACCUGUGGAUGUUGGCAUUGGGGUGGGGGAGCCUCAGGGCUCACUGGGACGGUGGGGGACAUCCGGGCAGCACCAGGACAAUCCACCCUGGUGGGGGUGGUCAUGAGGGCCCUGUCCUCCCAGCUGUCCACCUGGACUGGACAUUUGGGUCUGUUUAUAAUUACAUGUGGGGAUGAUGGACACUGAGGGGCCCUCGGGUUGGGAGGCCCAGGCCAGUCUCCCAGGUGGAAAGCAAGGCACAGGUGUGUCC